CCAAGAUCAAGAAGAUUUUCUACAGUUUUCACUCAUCCCCGUUUAGUUCGGUUUCAGUUUCAGGGCACUAAACCAUAUCAGAAAUCAAGAGCUUUCACUGUUCACUCUUUUAUUACCUGUGCAACGAAUGACAACGAGAACAGCGACUUCUUUUCCACUCCUUCUCGCUUUCUUUUAUAACGCACAUACUUACAUAUCAUGGACAAACUUCCCUCUUCUAUAACAAAGGCAUCACGGAAAACUAUAUAUCUCAUUACUGCAACGCUAAUAACACUCACAUUCAUCUUUACGUUUUCGACAUCCCUCCGGGAAUCAUCAUCAAUUCAACAAUUAUGGCAACAAGAAAAUACAGCAGCGACGGGUGGAUCAGUUAAUGCCGACUGCAUUGCCAAUACAGCUGUUGCCCAUGACCGACUUGUAGAAAAGCAAGAGUGGGAGGAGUGUCUUUCUGCAGAAAGCGUACCUGAUACCUACUUGUCCAUUGUCAUUGUGACUCGAAUGGACGAUUAUGCUGGCAAUCAGCAUCAUCGAUUACAAAACUUUAUCGACAGCGCUUAUUUGCUUGCCGAACAUUCCAAAACGACCAUCGAGUUAUUGAUUGUGGAAUGGAAUCCACCUAGUGAUCGCCGACGUGUUAUUGAUUCUUUCCACUUCCGACACUCGGAUUACUUGACAUACAGAGUUAUUGGCAUACCUAAAACGAUCCAUGAGGCAUUACCCAACCGAGGAAACUCGCCCCUUCAUGAAUUUGAAGGAAAAAAUGUUGGCAUCCGUUUUGCACGUGGCGAAUUUAUUGUGUGCACAAAUCAAGAUGAUAUUUGGUCACACAACUUCCUUAAUGCAUUAAAGUCGCGAGUGUUUGAGAAAAACGUGAUUUAUCUCCAACGCCAAGAUCAGCACAACAUUCAUGAUCCAUUACCGCCUUCGAUUGUGCGUCUACCACCCUUUGCGGAUGACGAUGUCUUGUUCAGUGCCUGCAAACUUAACGAUCAAGACUGGGGCAACUACAAAUUGCCAGAACCUCUCAAGGUGACGACGGAAAACAUUUUGAAGAUUGCAGAUCAGGCAGGAGAUUUCACAAUGGCACAUCGCGAAACAUGGAAGGUCCCUCGAGGUUACAGAGAAGCGGGAGGUGUUGCAUGGAUGGAUAUUGAGUUUAUCUGCACGGCUGCAUGGACAUUCGAUAUUCCCGUUGUGUACGACGAGAAGGGAUUUACUUGUCAUCAGGAUCACCAAAAUAUCUGGGAGUUCAAUACUGAACAGCAUACUGACAACAAGAACAUUGACAUGGGCGAGAUCAUGCGCAAGGAGAAAGUGUAUAUGAACGAAGAAGGACAAUGGGGCUUACAAAACGUAGAUGUUUGGGACCUUCACUUGGAAUGUACAGAGUUUCAAGGCGGAUUAUGUUGGUAGUUAGUAAGAAUAAACACAGCCAUCUUAAGAAGGAGACCUAUAUGAUUGGGUGGUGAAACACUGCAGUGAGUAUCUACCUUUAUAAUGACAAG